UUAAACACUAAUGAUAUUUAGUGCUGAUUCUUAGGAAAGUUUUGAACAUAUCUCGUUUUGUCAUAUUUAUGAAUGAUUUGAGGUACCUUUACAAAAAGUAAAAUUUAACUUGGCCGUAUGAUGUAUGUAUCAAUAGUUGUCCAUGCUUUGUUCGUGCUGAGUUUGCAGUUUAUAUAAAUGACGGGCCCAGGAGAAGACAUUCUAAAAUGUAUGAAAUGCAUAUGGUGUUCUUACUAUGUAUGAGCACGUAUUUUGCCGUCACCCCCACACAGUCCGAGACACAAGACGAACACGACGACAGCUAUGGAAUCGUCCUAGAUGGCGGAAGCACUGGUACAAAAUUAAAAGUCUACAAAUGGAACGUCAGGACCUCUGAUACUUUGGCUGAAGGACAAUAUAAUAACCCGAAAGUUUUAAGAAAUCUUAGGCUUGUUAAAAGUACUAAGUUUAAACCUGGCGUAAAUCAGAUAGGGCUACGACUGGAAGAACUUGGUGACUAUUUUGACAAAAUUAUGCAAAAUGCUGUAAAAGAAGUGCCAGAACAACAACAUGGCCGUACACCUAUCUACUUUAUGGCAACAGCAGGGUUGCGGACUCUACAAAUUAACAAGACAGAGAACUUGCUUGAUGCCAUAGAAAGAUACAUGACGAAAAGUCCAUUAAAUCCAUUCCUUGUACCCGAAAAUAAUGUAAGAGUUAUUUCAGGAGAGGAAGAAGGUGUCUAUGCAUGGGUAGCGGCUAAUUAUCUCAGGGGUUUCUUUUGGUCAAAUAAGCCCCCAAGUCAAGCAGUGGGAGUGCUAGAGAUGGGUGGUGGAUCCACACAGAUUGCCUUUUUACCUGAUCAUUCAAUAUAUGCAAACAUGUUUCCCGUGAGAAUUGGUGACGUCACAUAUCUUCUGUAUGCUCAUAGUUACCUGUUUUACGGACAAAACUAUAUUGUGUCUAGAAUCAACGAUUACCUUGUUGCUCUUAGCGGGGAUAAUAGAAGUAUAGAAAAUCCAUGCAUGCUUGUAGGUGAUAACACAACAGUUUUAUUCAGUGGUAAAUCCGUCCAUAUAAAGGGGUCAUCCAACUCCACACAGUGCCUUGAAAUAAUUGACAUUUUUCUUAAAACUGCCGACGACAACUGGUGCUAUCCGAAACCUUGUGCAAUUGGACGCACGUAUCAACCUCCUGUUGGAAAUCUCGUUUUCUAUGCGAUCUCUGCUUUCGUUUAUACCCCAACUUACCUCAAUGCAUUAGAUGAACUGGGAAGGUUAGAUAUGAAACUGCUGAAAUCAAAUGCUAUUCAGUACUGUCAAAAAACGCUUGCAGAAGUAGUUGCUACAGGACUAGAUGCCGAGUAUGCUUCUCCAUACUGUAUAAUGGGUCUAUACAUACCCUCCCUUCUACUGGAUGCAUAUGGGUUCCACGAAGAUAGAAACAAGGUCUUUGUCAAAUCUAGUAUCGACGGAAUUAAAAUAGAUUGGGCGUUAGGGGCUAUGCUGCUGUUUACAGAGAACAUUGAAGACUCGUGCAUUACUUCUUCUGCACCAAGCAAGAUCGAAAUUACACAAACACUUCUGACUAUUGUUCUUCUUUACAAACUUGUGCAUAUAUAUUUGUGAAUCUAUUAUGCAAAACAGUAUUAUUUUAAAUAAGGGUAUCAGGUUAUAAAAUUGAGGUUUAGAAAUCAGUCUUAAAACCCUUAUGAACUGGUUCAUUCUGAGCUUAUAUGCUUUGUUAUAGACCAAUUUCAAAGGAGCAUUUUGAGACCCGACUCCAAAUCACUUUUGUAACCUUUUAGGAAGAUCAUCAUAGAUUCUGUAGAAUCAUGCAGUCGGUCUCAAAUGAUAUAUUAGUAUUCAAAUUCACAUAUUGUUAAACGUUUGGACCACAAAACAAAGAAAAUAGUGUUAUGCACUUGGAAAUAUUUCAGAUUUAAAAAAUGAAAAUAAGUUUUAACAUAUUUUCUUAACUUAUCAUGGAAGUAAAUAGAACAUAAAAUGUUUUUUAUUUGUUUGUUCUUAUAUUUCACUUUUCUGCUCAAAUAUUAUUAAAAGAUCUGAUUUUUAGAAAGUUUUUUUGGCUUAUUGACAGUUGAAAAUAAAACUGUAGUUGGGUUUAUGAUGAUAUAAGAUAUGGUGGUCUAUGAUACAAUGAUCUUCAUAUGUUUGCAUUCAUCCUUUACCCACUGAAAUCACUCUUCAGUGUUUUUAAAAGACAAUUGUUUCUAUAUAUUUUCAAAACGUAGUUGAGCUAGUAUUCGAAUUGUUAAAGGUCCAAUACUAAGGAAAGUGAACAUUUUAAUUUCUUUUAAAAAGCACAGAAACUAGUUCAUUUUAUUGGAAAAUGAAAGUUGGUAUGUAAAAAUUCGAAAUAAAUCGCAGUAUAUGUACAAUUAUUUUUCUAUGAAGUAUGAAGAAAGUUAAAAAGACCUGGGGGGUCAUUCUGUCGAUUCAUUGAAAUUUCAACAUAAUACACAUACAUUUCUUUGAGUUCCAAAGACCUUCUGUAAAUUUUGACCUGCCAAUCUUCAUUAUUUAGUGUCUUGCAGAAGUCUAUGCACUGGCUAUGAAAAAAAUUGCCAACUCACUUUCCCUUAGUAAUGGACCUUUAAGUAACGAUCAUCAUUUGGUCCGACAUUUCGUUUUAUUCUUAUGGAUGAAUCUUCUCUCUAAAUGAAUAGGCAAAUAUUUUUUCUCCAUUUUGUUUUCACUGAAAGAAAUAGAUGAAAAACAUAACUGUAACUCGCACUUGAUUAACCUUUAUGAUUUAAUUGUCUGUUGUUGAUUUCUCAUCAUAUGAAAUCUUACUUCUGUUGUAGAUAAAAUGAAUACUCGGGUUUGAAAUGAAGGAGAGACCCCUAAGAGUGUAUUAAUAAUUCUCUCAGUGAAGUUUAUGACAGAAUAAGACAAUCACCAAAUGAUUUGAUACAGAUAUCUUAUAGCCUGUAAACUCGAAUAUAGAAUAGAUAAACAAACGGAUUCUUAAUGUAUAUGCUACACCUCAUUAAAAGACAAUUUUGUAAAUUGGCCGUUAGCUGAAUAUUAAUAAUGGCGCUUUUUAUACGGAAAGUGAAUCUUUUCAAACAUUAUAUAAGACAGCAUGAUGACGGAUAGAAAUGGCAUUAGAUAAGGCUGCUAAGGACUUCGGACACUAUCAUAUGCUUCUAGCCUACAUUUUAAAUGCAACUUUCUCCUUAAGUAUUUAAACAAUACCCAAAUAGUUUCGAGUCAAUGAUAAACCAAUGUGUUAGUUAACUUAUUACAGCUGAAACUUAUUUGUAUCUGUUCCUAUCAAGAUGUUUUUCUUAUUUUAUCUAACCCAGGGUAUAUCUUCUUGAAAAAAUAAAAUGUUUAAUUUCCGUAAAAAUAUAAUAUCAUCACUUUACGGAAGUUUUAAAUAUCUGAAUUCCAGUCGAAAAAAAGUGACAAAAUCUGUUUAUUUAAGGAAAAAAUAACAUUUUAAGAUUAAAAUCCUGUAAAUAAAUAAAAAAGAGAACGAUAUUUUUGCAAGCAACCUGUACUUGAUUUAUCUAUACACUGUUCGUAAUGUAAAGUUAUUGAUGCAUUACAUGUGUGAAUAGGUAUACAUGUAUAAGUGACCGGUCAGUUUUAUAACAGUGGUUCAGGUAGUUAUUUAAGUACAUGUACAUGUCUGUAUAGCUCUGUUAUAAGUGAUGGCAGAUAUUUGUGUGCUGUAUAACAUUAAUACUAAGAAAAGGCAGUAAUUUUAUCAAGACCGUAGGGUGGGUUAUUGCUUGGGAUAAGUACCAGUGGCAAAGAUAAUAUUUGAGCCGCGCCAUGAGAAAACCAACAUAGUACAAUUGCGACCAGCAUGGAUCCUGACCAGCCUGCGCAUCUGCGCAGUCCAGUCAGGAUCCAUGCUGUUCGCUAACGGUUUGUCUUAUUCCAAUAGGCUUUGAAAGCGAACAGCAUGGAUCCUGACCAGAUGGCUGGUCUGGAUCCAUGCUGGUCGCAAAGCCACUAUGUUGGUUUUCUCAUGGCACGGCUCAUUUCGCUUCAACAUGUAAUAAAAAUAUAUCCGAAAUGACAGUUCUUUCUGAGGCUUGCCUAAGGAAGCUGGAUCGGAAAAAGUUAAAUCGGGAUAAGUCAACAACCCAUCUAUAGAUAAUGUUGUCUAUUCAGGGCUGAAGUUGUGGGCAAAACAUAUUCGAAAUGUGUCAUUUGUAGGGCUAAAGUAGAAGCAGGUCCCUGCAUAAAAAAUCUAUCUGAAACUCGGCUGGACCGUUUAGUUCGUUUUCGCGUCUAGCCGUUUUUGUAUAUGCCAUCUGCAUGGAAAGCGACUUGACACAUCACUUUCGUGGCAUCACACUGAAUUUGAAACCGUAACGGAUAUGACCUGCCAAGAAGCUACUGUACUUGACCUGUACAUCACAGGCAUAUCAAUGUCAAGCGUUAUUUCUGUUGGAUAGACUAUAGUCAGGAUCAGAUUAACUGCUGUGCACAUAUUGCCUCUUUUUUGUUGUGUUUAGGCCUAGUCCGCCGCAAAGAACAAUCUUCAAUUCAGUUUUUACUGAAGGAAGAACAUGAAGUAAUGAAUGCGUGUCACAUGUAGUAUGUGCCUAAAAGAAAUAAAUAUAAAUGCACAGAAGAAGAUGAAGAAAUAAAGAAAUGAAAAAUAUAUAAAAAAUACAAAAAAUAAUAAAAGCAAAAUGGAAAACAAGUUACAUCCUCAUCGCUAGUGGCGUGCGCGUCGCGAGAUGGGCAUGCAGAAGAUUACCUGGUGUGUUGCUAGUAUUUUACAGCACACAUUUGCCAAUCUACUGCAACAAACAACCAGGAUAAACCAAUGAAAAUUUAACCCAACGAAUAAUAAUGAAUUCACAGCAUUUGCUUUUCUCACUACUAUACGUGUAUAACAUGCCGAUAUGUGCCCAUUCAAACAUUUGUAUAGUAUUUGAGUUACAAACAGAUGUAAAAAUAUGUGACUAUGAAAUUAUUAAAAAGUGAAUAUAAAAAGUAUUGCUUACUUUACAUUUGGGAACACCCUGUAGUUAUAUUUUUUGUUUAAAAGUACUGCUCCACCCCUCGCAUCAACACAAUAGUCACAGAAAAUGUGCAUAAUUAAUAUCUACAUAUGCUGGCCAAAUAUUUUGAUGCACGGGGGGGGGGGGGAACAAUGUUCUUUAAAGCAAAAUAGCUUUUAUAUGUAUAUAACAGGGUACGUAAUUCUAUUUAGAGCAAAAAUUACCAUUUUAUGAAACAAAUAUUGAAAAAUUUGACUUAAAGAAAUAAUCUCAAAUAUGUAUUUUGAUGGUAUAUGUAAUUAAAUAUUUAUUUCUUAGUGGUUUAUUUUUCACUCUUGGAGUAGGCAAAUUCAUAUAGAAAGUGUCCGAAGUCCUUUCAAUAUUUAUAAACAAUAGUACAUAGUUAUUUUUUCACUAUUUUGCAAUCUUUUUUGCUGGAGUACUUCAACCAUUGUCAAAUAUUUCCACUGAUUUCAGAAAAGCCUUUCAAAUAUAUGGAUUUUCGAACGUCUGGCCCUUUGAAAAACUUUUUACCGAAAUAUUUACAGACUCUUUGAGAAAUUUAUCAGUUGGGAAUAGGCUUGCUUAACAAGUUUGUGUGUAAUGUUAAUGUACAGUUCAUGUUCAUAUACUUGUUUAAAUAUUGAAAAGUUACGUUUUAUACAUUUAUAGAAUAUAUAAUUACAUCUGAGUAGAUAUAUUAGAGAAAUAAAAUUUAAAGAAAUGAAGAAA